AUGAAAUGGACUGUGGAACAUGACUUAACGCUUUGUGGAGAAGUCCUAUUACAGGAGCCCUUCAAGCAUCCAAAAAAUAGUAAAGAGAGGGGAGAGGUUUGGUCAAAUAUAGCGGUCAAUCUCAACAGUCUGGAAAAUCCAUCGUUCAAAGUGUCAAAGAGAUCAGUCAGAGACAGACUUACUUUAUUGCAGACCAAGUACAAGGGAAAAAUAAGGGAAGAAGAAAAAGCAUCUGGCAUAGAUUGUGAAGAGACUCCGCUAGAUGCAGCAAUUGAAGAGAUUCUUGAGAAGGAAAAGGCAGCUGACAUGGAAAGAAAUGAGCAAAGUGGUACCCAAACCUUAAAGGAACAAAGAGAGAAGGCGAGUGCUGAAGAGGUUAGGCGCCAAGCCAUGGAACGCCUUGGUAAAACCCAAAAAAGAAAUGCAGAUUCAGAGGAAGGAAAACCCAGUAAAGAAGGAAAGAGAAGAAACUCAGAUGCUGUUGAAUAUCUCAAAGAGAAAUUCGAGUUGGAAAGUCAGCUCAGCAGGGAAGAAAUGGAUUUCAAGAAAACUAAGCAGCAGAUGUUGGUGGACCGACAGAGUCAUGCACAAGCAGCAGUUAGAAAUGAAGAUGCUACAACAACAGAAUCAGUCACUGGUGGCUUUAUUGGAAAAGUCUACUUGCACAAAGUGGUUGACACAAAUGUCAGCAUCUGA